AUGGGCAAGAAGUUCACGGCGUUCCGCAAGCAAAUGCGGCUGCUCUGCUGCUUCGGCGUCCCCGACGAGGAUUUGGUCCCCGAGCCGGUGCCCCUCUGGAUCCGGCAAGUCGACGAGGUCUUCCCGGGCGGAAGAAACCCACGCGUCUCCUGA